AUGGACGCCGAACCAUCUCAGCAGACUCAACCUGCGACUCAACAGGUCCUAGAUCCACGGCGACUGGGCAGAAACAAUUCUGGCCUUAACGACGGUGAUAUUGCCGACGUCUUGGUAAUCCUCCACCCAGCCACUCCCACGGCCAUUCGCAUAGUCGAACAGACAGCUCUGGAGCGACCUGAGCAUGUCCUUUUCCGCAGCUCACUCGAUUCCAUGAGUAGUUCGAUCACCGACGUCGAAGAGCAGGAGACAUUCAUCAUCAACGCCCCUGAAGGACGGCAGGGUAGCAGUUCGCGUGCUGGCGCAGAUCUGGCAUUACGUAUGUCUUCUGCAAAAAGGCUGAAGUUCAAGCCACUCGGAUUCAUAUUUGGGCGCAAUCACCAGAGCGCCGAUGUCAUUUUCGGUCAGGACUCCGGCAAGAGGAUAAGCAACCAACACUUUCGCAUAUACCUCAACGCGGAUGGCCUUCUCAUGCUGGACGACAUGUCGACCAACGGCACCAUCGUUGACGAUUCGCUUCUGAAGUGCAAGGACAAACGCUUCAGCAGGAUGCGGAUGCUCAGCUCAGGUUCAAUCAUCUGUAUCCAGAAUUCUAAUGAUGCAGAGAUGAUCAAGUUCAUCGUGCGUAUACCUUCUCGGGUCAACUACCUGGACCGCUUCCGUGAGAAUUUGCGCAACUUCAUCACCGAGUGCCAACCAGACUUUGGCGACGCACAGGGCAAGGCUGUUCAGCGAAUUACAAAGCAGUAUGGCGGGCCGUCGAUGAAGUGGGACGGUGGUGAAACCUAUAACAUCGUCGGCCAGAUCGGUAAAGGCGCCUUUGCGACCGUCUAUCAACUUGCUGAGAAGAUGACUGGAAAGCUCCUCGCUGCCAAAGAACUAGAGAAGCGCCGAUUUAUGAAGAACGGUAUGCUGGACAAGAAGAUCGACAAUGAGAUGAAGAUCAUGCAAGAUCUGCGGCACCCGAACAUUGUCGAAUUCGUCGAAUACCAUGACCAAGGUGACUAUCUUUAUAUCAUUAUGGAGUUCGUGCGGCAAGGCGAUCUGCAAGGCUACCUCAACCAGUACGGAUCCAUGAAGGAACAUGUUGCGAGGUUGAUGGCCCAGCAAAUCUUGAGCGCACUCAGUUAUCUUCACCGUGCGAAGAUCACCCAUCGCGACAUCAAGCCUGACAACAUCCUCAUCUCCGAUCUAGAACCUUUCACUGUCAAACUAUCGGAUUUCGGCCUUUCCAAAGUUGUCAAGCACGAGGAAACCUUUCUCAAAACCUUCUGUGGAACCCUAUUGUACUGCGCUCCAGAAGUGUUUCCUGAUUUCAGCGGCCAAUCGAAGGGUACCAAGCGCCGGCGUGGUGCCAAGACAUACCACUCGUAUAGCUCGUCUGUGGAUAUAUGGUCCUUUGGUGGUGUCCUCUGGUACGCUCUAUGUGGCGAGCCUCCGUUCAAAGGUAUCGCAGAUGCCACCGGCGAAGCCAUGUUCAACAAUAUUAUGCACACUCCCCUCGAUCCGACACCGCUACAGAAGGCAGGUGUGUCCGCCGCUUGCAUCGAUCUUCUGACGCGCAUGCUUCAGACCGACCCUGCAACUCGUCCCACAGAUCGCGACUGUCUUAACCAUCCAUGGCUCAAGGAUGGUGCACAAUUUCUACCCGACCCGACUCUUCAAUCCAUCGCGGAAGAAGAGGAGCCAGAGGAAGCUGAGCAGCAGCUAUCGCAGCUCAGUCUUCAGGAGGAGGAGAUUCCAGAGUCAGACGAAGAAGGCGACAUCCUAUCUGAUGACGAGCUCAUGGCCUUUGUCACAGAGCGCCAGCCAAAGCGAGUUCGCGCUGAUCCUUUGUACCCUCGAAAUCAGGUGCGAGAUCAUGAGGAUUCCAGCGUCGAGCCAUCGUUUACUUCCUCACAUCUUGUCAAUGACGAGAGUUUUCAAGUUAUUCCCACACCGAGGCAGCCUCGUUUAUUUGGUGAGAUUGGACAGUCUGCUUUGCAGAGCUCUGGAGUUUUGAGUGCUCAUGCCAAUGAUGCGCUUUCACAGGAUGAAUCUGUUCGUCUGGUUCAGAACGAUGGAGCAGGCGACACUAGUUACACUACUCGUGAGGCAGAGUUUCAGGGUCCUUUUACUGCACCUGCGCAGCUCGAGCGCGGCUUCUCUUCGCCAAGCCUCCUUGGUGCGGAGUCUUUGGUACGAGAUCUCAAUAUGACCUCGCCGCACUCACCCGUAUCUAGAACGCAAAGCCCGGUGAUGCCAGCGACGCCAAAGACCCCGGAAGUCGUUCAGCAUAGCUCUUUGGACCAGUCGUCCAAGGACUUUAGCCAAGAUAGCGAGCCAACCCCGAGAGCACGACCUUCUGGGAUGAACCGACAGAUCAAUCUUCCUUUGACUGCUUCCUACUACUACGACCCGAAAGAUCCAACCACACAUAAUCUGGAGUAUGCUUCUAGAGUAAGCGGAUUCGAUUUUGUGUCAAACAGCCGCGACGCUACAAGUAAUACAUCCGUAUAUCCCGACACGACAGCAGCAUCGGAAGCAAGUGCGCUGUCAACAACAUCGAGUGUUGCUGCAGCACCAUCUACAGCGGUAGCGAUUCCAUCAGUUCCGGUAGAGGUUGACAUUCGUCCGCCACCACGGCGACUGGGUAAACUCAUCGCAACUCCCGAUUCCUUCGCGCCUAACAUUGUUCUCAACAUCGAUCAGAGCAAAACUUCCUGGGGCCGCUUGGGCAACAACACAAUCGUAUAUGAGCACAGAGGUGAUACACGCAUUCCCAAAACAGCUUUCAUCGUGUUCUUUUACUCGCCUGGUGGAGAGACUCCAGAAACCGUAGAGGAGCUUUCGCAACAGGGCAAAGAUUGGACCACCUUAGAGAACCUGAAUGUCGGCAUCUGGACCUGCGCCACACACGGUAUCUCGAUCAACGGCAAGCACUUGAAGCAGAAGGACGAUAAGGGCCGUGCUCUCUUUGGACAUCUGCAUACUGGUGACAUCGUUCAAGUGUAUCACGACGCCCGCGGAACUGAGUGCCUCAAAUUUCGCUGCGAGUUCUACGUCGGAGCCGGCAAAGAGCCACGACCCGCAGGCAAUAGCUUCGGCACACUGAUCGGUAACAGGCUUUCACAAUAG